UAACACGAAUUCUUGUGGAAGAAAAAAGAUUGUGAAAAUGAAAUUAUACUUGUAAAUACUGUAUGUAGGUCAUUUGCGAUAGUUCUGUACUUUUUCGGAUAGUCUGCUUUCCAGAGACAAGCCUUUUUCAACCCCUUUGCCUACUGUAGGUAGGUUAUGUGGACACAAGAAUGACCGCGUCCAGAAAACUCGCGGUUUUCCGGCUGCCCCCUCUCCCUACCAUCGGGGAGAUCAUCAGGCUGUACAAUCUGAGGGCAGAGAAGCAGCUAUCCCAGAACUUCCUGCUGGAUAUGAGACUCACAGACAAGAUUGUGCGCCAGGCUGGCGGUCUGAGCAAUGCUCACGUGUGCGAGGUCGGGCCCGGCCCCGGAGGGAUCACGCGCUCCAUUCUCAGUGCUGGGGCUGCAGAUCUGCUUGUGGUCGAGAAGGACACCCGUUUCAUUCCGGGCCUACAACUGUUAGCUGAAGCUGCACCAGGAAAAGUGCGAAUUGUUCAUGGGGACAUCCUGACCUACAAGAUGGAAAGAGGAUUUCCCCAAAAACUGGCUAGAAAAUGGGAUGAUGAGCCUCCGGAUGUGCACAUUAUUGGAAACCUGCCGUUCAGCGUCUCUACUCCCCUCAUCAUCAAGUGGCUGGAGAACAUUUCCAACAGGGAUGGUCCCUUCGUCUACGGUCGGACCCGGCUUACCUUGACCUUUCAGAAAGAGGUUGCAGAGGCGGGGGACCACCGACCGGCCGCGGCCGGCCUGGCGUCCUCCGUCCUGUCGAGAGGCUAUUGUUUCCAGCCGCGGGGCCGCUCAGCCGUGUCUGUGAAGGUGGCAGAUGUUAGCUCUUGA